AUGGCGUACCAGUACAUCAUCUCUAGAGCCCUCGAUCCCGUCUUCGCCAUCUCGAUUGGCCUUGCAGCUGCCGCGACACGAAUAAACCGCGAGGAGAAGGAAAGGGGGAGGAGCACGGAGGAGAGCUUGCAGGUCCUGAAGAGGAGGUGGGGGAUCGCUUGGGGAACGGAGAACGAGGGGAAGUGA